AUACUUCCCAACAACAAAAGAAGAAAAAGUCACCUGACUCAAGCAGGAAGUGAAACGUAUUUUCUCCGGGGGUUAACGGAUACGUAUUAAGACUUUUAUCCAUCGCAUGUAAUUGCUGCAGCGGCGUAAUUUAGAGGAUUAUCAGCAUGAAGGGAUUGUUCUGCCGAGCCGGGGCGAGCGAUGCUGAGCACAAGUUCGUCAUUCAGGAAACUACCCUCCCAGAUGUUUUGGGCGGCCACCAGGUCAGAGUCCAGGUGAAGGCAUGUGGACUCAGCCCGCUGGACCUCAAGCUGCUCGAUGACAUCGGCGUCCGGAGAGAUCUGAAUCCUGUCGGCAGGGAGGUGGCGGGAGUCGUGCUGCAAGUGGGCGCCCAAGUCUCUUUCUUCCACCCAGAUGACGAGGUUGUAGGUAUUCUGCCUCUGGACUCUCCUUAUUCUGGACUCUGCGGUGCCAUUGACAUCGAUGAACACUAUUUAGUCCAGAAGCCGGAGAAGGUGAGCUCCGCGUGUGCCGCCGGCGCUCUGCGCGACGCCCUCUGCGCGUACACCGCCCUGCACACACACGCUCGCGUGGCGGCGGGACACACGCUGCUGGUCAUGGACGGCGCCAGCUCUUUCGGGCUCAUGUGCAUCCAGUUGGCUUGUUAUCACGGCGUGAAGGUUUUCACCACGUCGCACUCGCCGCAGCAGCACGCCUUCCUGGAGCAGCUGCGGCCCAGCGUCGGGGUCCCGGAUCCUUUAGUAGCCAAAGUUAUCCCGGUGUUUAACGGGCCGUCGGACCUGCUGCCGGCGGUCGAGGAGGAGACGGGGGGACUGGGAGUGGACAUCGUCAUCGACUCCGGAGUGCGUCUGCAUGAGGAAGAGUCAGAGGAGACAAAACUCCUACCACAUAAACAUGACGUCAUCAGUGUGCUGGGAGUGGGGGGGCACUGGGUCACAUCCCAAAAAGACCUCCAGUUGGAUCCUCCAGAUAGCAGAUCGCUGUACCUUAAAUCGGCCUCCUUGUCUUUCCUCAACCAUGAAGUGUGGACGGCAUCGUCGGCUCAGCAAGGCAGAUACCUGCAUAUUCUCAAAGACAUCGUGGAGAAGAUGUCCGCAGGAGUUCUCAGACCUCUGCCCGAGGAGGCGGUCCCUCUCUAUGAAGCCACGGUCGCCAUGGAGACUGUCCAACGUCACCAGAAGAAAAAGGCCGUUGUCAAACUGUGACGCGAAAAACACUCUAAUGAUUUUGACAGAGUUCCUUUUAGGGGCCCGGAGACCCUUCGCAGCAUCAGGACCGCGAGGCCCUCACAUUAACACUUGUGGUAUAGAGGGUCCAAGGUCACCUUCACCGACUCGACUUAGAGCCGCUUCCUCGGGUUCUACCCAACGAGCCACAGUGUUUCCUGCAAACACACACUGCUGAAUGUCAGAUUUCACAGCACAGACUUCAACUAACGGCAGUCAGAUUUCUUUGAGAAUCCGCUUUAUUUGACUCAAUUAAUACACAUUUUAUCAAACAUAGAUGACUGAAGUCUUUUUGGUGUAAAUACAGCGACCUUUUUAAGUUUACGAAUUGACGAUGUAAAAUAAAUCUAAGUGUCAUGUGACCUGUGUACUGUUGUUGCAGUUGUUGUUUUCUCGCUAAAGAAAAAACUUCAAACCAAAUUCCUGAAUGGAAAUAAUCGUGAAAUGUACUGUCACUUUAAAUCAUAAAAUAAACA